AUGAGGACAUUUCGCAAGUCGCGCAAGGCGGCGUCGAGGGCAUCGAACGCCGGGCGGUUGCGUAUGGCGACUGGACGGAGUGAGUCAGAGACGCGACGGAGGCAGGCGUCGAGGACGCUGGCGCUCGCGCCGUGGUCGGCGCACGCCUUGAUCGUGAGCGUGGCCUGGACGAUGGCGGUGACAAGUUGGGUGACCUUGACCUUCUCGGGAUCGGCGUCGACCGCGGCGGAGGCAGAGGCGAGCUCUUCCUUGGAUACCACAGAGUCGCCGCUGAGGGGUUCCUGCAGACUCGGAUUGAUCGUCGCCGAGCUCUCGGUGCCAGCGCCGGUCGUAGUCCGGGGAGACGAUGGGCGCCUCGCUAAAGAUCUGGCGUUUGCGCUCACGGAUGAACUCUGUGGAUUAGAAAUCACGCUCGAUCGCGCCUGGUUCGUGCGAGAACACCAUAAAUUAGCGCUAGCUCUGCGAGGCGCGGUCGAUAAGGUAGAUAUGCCUUUCGAGUGCCACUCGCACUAG